GUACUUUGAGAAGCAUACCAGUCACACAUCCUACCAGCGAAUCGAACGAACUGAUCUAACUAAUGUACACACGUAAUUAGAGUAACACCUGGGAUAAAGCUACAUAGAAACCAAUAACACUGGAAUCCACAAUUCUAAAUCGAACAACAGCAACAACAACAACAAUAAUAACAAUCGAAAACGUGAAACUUGUUCCGAAUCGUAAGAGAUAUCGUAAAAACGUAUCGAAAAUUGUUCAAGUAUUUAAUAUAUAUUUAAUAUAUAUUUGCCUAAACGGAAAACUAGCAGAAUAUCAAGUAAUUUUUAUUAAACAUUUUACGUAAAUGCAUAAUUUUGAUAAACGAACAACUUUAAUGAACUUCGAAUUGCCAGACCAAAAGAGAACAACACCAAAGAACCUAAAGCAAUAAACAAUUAACAUAGUAUUUAUUUAAAUAAUAACUACAACAAACAACCAACAACAACAACAACACUGCGCAUAUUCAAAAGUAGCCUUAAAAUUCAAAUUGAACAUAAAACUCGCUUAUGACUAACAACAACAACAACAACACAAACGUGCCUAAGCCAUAAACAACACUAACAAUUGGAUAUAUAUAAGCAUAAGGAGAGAGAGAGAGAGAGAGGAGAGAAGCAACGAGGAAGGAAGGAAGCAAGGAAAAGUCUUUAAAACUCCCAUAAACAAACUCAGACAGGCAGACAGACUGCAGUGCUUCAGCAGCAUUCUGAAGGUGUUGCUGCACUCGACAACAACAACAACAACAACAACAGCAGCAAGAGCAACAACAAUAAUAACAAGAAUAAUUUUAAUAACAACAACCAUAACGACGGCGACGACGACGCGACGUCAAUUGAGGAAGACGCGGCCGCGCGGCAGGACGAGCACGACGCCAACGCCAACGCCAUCUAUGACGAGCGGCAGCAGCGGCGGCAGCAGCAGCAGCAGCAGCAGAAGCAACAUGGCCGUGGAUUUGUCCAUGCUGACAAAUAGCACCAGCAGUACCAGCACUAACAACAACAACAACAACAACAACAGCAUCAACAACAACAACAACAGUCACAGCAGCAAUAAAAUUGCAGCACAUGCAGCAGUAGCCGCAGCCGCAGCAGCAGCAGUCGCCACAGCCUCAGCAGCUGCGAUUGGAGUCUGUCGCGUUGAUAGCUCAAAGUACAGCAGUUCAAAGCGCGACUAUGAACGCGAUCGUUCCUCCAAUUAUCGCGAUCGUGACAUUUCACCUGGCGGUGGUGGUGGCGGCGGUGGCGGAGGCGGCGGUGGAGGUGGAGGUGGUGGCGGCGGAGGAGGUGGCGGCGGUGGCGGUCCAUUGAAUAAUGGCAACAGUUAUCGUUCACAAUCACCGGACAUAGAUUCACCAUCAUCGCGCUCGCAUGAUCUGCGCGAACGCAGCGAUCAUCGGAGUGGCGGAGGUGGUGGCGGCGGCGGAGGUGGCAGCAACGAUCGCUACAGUUAUAUACAAAAGAUGCGUGAUCGGGAUCGGGAUCUCUACAAAAAGGAUAAAUAUUCCGAUAAACGUGAUCGGCGCGGCAAUGAUCGCGACUCGGAGUCAUCGUAUCGCACGAACCACGACAGGGAUCGUCGUGGGGGUGUGGCAAAGCUAUGCUCGUCGCGCGAAAACGAUAAGCGCUCCGGGUCCGAUGAUCGGGAUCGUGAGCGUGAUCGCGAUUUGCGCGACAAGCGUGACAGAGGCGCCGAUCGUGAUCGGGAUAUGUACAAGAAGGACAAAUAUGCAGACAAACGGGAGCGCAGCGAUCGUGGCGAACGUGUGGCGCGCUAUGGCGACUGGAGCGAGCAUGUGAGCUCAUCCGGUAAAAUGUAUUACUAUAACUGCAAAACUGAAGUCUCCCAAUGGGAGAAGCCUAAGGAAUGGGUAGAUAGAGAAAGAAAUUUGCCGCGUGAUCAACAUCGUGAGAAGGAUUACCGCGAUAAGGAUCGGGAUCGAGAUCGCGAUGAUCGAUUCUCAAGAUCGACAUACAAACAUUCCAAUUCAUCGCGCGACAAUUCACGACUGAGAUGGAACUACGAAAAUGAUGGCGGGCCGCCCAGCCAUCGAAGGCGAUUGGAUGGUCGACAUAACGAUAAUGCUGAUAUGGACAUUAGUGGCGACUCGACGCCCACCUCGGAGGCCAGUUAUUCGUUAAGCGGCACACCCACCACGCAUGGUGGCAGCGUGGGCGGCGGCAUGCAGUCUAGUGAACAGUCGUCUCUGAUGCCACAGGGUGGAUUGUGUAAUGCACUGCCUCGACUGGCCUCCCAUCCAAAUACCGGCGCAGUCGUUACGCCCAUUGGUGCGCAUUAUGGUGCCAUCGGUGUGGGCGGCACUGGCGGCGGCAGCGGUGGCGGCGGCAGCGGUGGCGGAGGCGGCGGUGGCGGCGGUCCUGUUAGCGGCGCCACAAUGUUGCCCACCAGCGGAUUGGCCUCGGUGCCGUCCAACAUUGCCAACAGCAGCAACAGCAGCCUUAGAAACUCAGUUGUCGGCCACAUUGGCUCAACGUCCAGCACGACAGUGCCGACGCUUGCGAAUCAGGAUCAUCAUCUGAACUCGAAUGCGCCCGGACCGCCUGGCAAGCUGAUCGGCGCUGGUGUUAAGGAUCAGACAGCAUUGUCGCAUCGACAGAAGUUACAUUUAGUCCUGAGCGGCAUGGAUGUGCCCCAUCAUCAUAUGCUGGUCGCCGGCAGCAGCGCCAGCGGCGUGGGCCCAACGGGCGCAGGCAGUGGCUCAUCCGUGGAUGUCGUGAACCAUGCCUACAAUUCGGUUAACAAUGUGACUGCUGGCAGCUUAAGCAGCUUAGGCAGCUUAAGGGAUAGCAGCCAACUCAACUCACCGCUGUGCAUACCGCAUGCCCAUCAUAGUCUGUCGCCAUCGCUGAGCUAUACAAAGAGUCCGAUACCAACGAUCGUGAGUCACACGAACAAUGUGAACGCAAGCAAUGCCUACACCUGCAAUGCACCGUUUGGCCUCAAGGCGGUCGAUGGGCUUGCCGUUGGCGUGGGCGUGGUGUCCUCCUCACCGGCGUCAAAUGCGAUCGGCAAUAGCAAUGCGAUUGCCGGCAGCAACAGCAGCAGCAGCAGCUGCAACGUACCCGGCCUGGGCACUGUCAGCGGCAUCAGCGUCAUCACCUCCAUGGGCAGCAACAGUUUGUGCGGCGGUGCAGCUGCGCUUGGCGAGGGGCCGCCAACGCCAACACAAGAAUUAGAUUUAAGUGGCUCAGCUUUAGAACAACACCAACAUCAACACCAACAGGUGGCUGCUGCAGCAGCCGCCGCCGCAGCAGCCAUGGCUGCGGUGCAAGCAACGCAACAGGCGUCGCAACAGGCCCAACAACAGCGCAAACUCGAUGGCGCCGGUUCGGCUACGCUAAGCACACUCCAGAGCUGUGUGGCCUCCGUGCAGGCGGCAAAUCUGCGCGGCCCGGAAAUUUCACCCAAGCUAGCAAAAUACUUUCGCGCUGAUUUGAUUGCGCACGUGACCAACUGGCAGGCGGAGAUUCUGGAGCGUCAGGCGCAAAAGUGCUGCGAGGACACGCAUCUAUUUGGGGACAUCAACUGCACACGGAUAUGCGCCGAAUUGAAGUGUGCGCGGAGUUUAGUGCGUAGCACGGAGAUCAAUGCGACGCUGCAAGAACAAAAAAUUAUGUAUCUGCGCCAGCAAAUUCGCCGUAUUGAAGAGUCGAAGACUCAGAACGCGUUCAUGUCGGACGAUACUUAGGAUCAGGAGCAAUUUAGGCUGCGCGUGCAUCGUAAGCUGUCAGUCAGGCUCAAAAAGAGCUCCCUUUGGCGCAGCUGAUGAUGAUGAAAGCAAUGCCCACCAUCCCAUAAAUCCAUGCAGAUGAGCUGAUGCUACUAAGUCAACAACUCGUCUGUUUGCUCAUUCCAAUGCAGAUUCCGGCUAAUGAAUCUGAUCUUGAGCUGGGCAGAGCUGGGCUAGAAAAAAAACAAAAUAAUAAAAAACAAAACAAAACAAAAAAUAAUACAAAAAAAAAAAAAAAAAAAAAAAAAAACACGUGCAUCCUAUUUUGUUGGCCGCAAGCAUUCUCGUUGACCGUGUUGAGCCCUGCGUCAGUGGCAGGCAACAGGUGCCAGCACACCCGAGGAACUUCAGCAUCCAAAUUGUAGCAGCUGCAGCGUUAACAGCAACACGGAAAAACAAAACAAAACUAAACAAAAAAACAAAUAAACAAACAAACAAGAAACAUGAUGAAGAGAAAAACACAAGAUACUAAAACAUAAUUUAUAAUUAGCAACGCGUAAUUAAUAACUUAAAUAAGCAUGAAGCGCAGCGGAAGUGUUGAGCUUAUGAUGCCGUUAACCAAACACCAACAAAAACAACAAACAAAAUUCAAUAACAAUCGAAACAACAUAGCGAAACUAAUUACACAAAAAAACAAAAAAAAGAAGAAGAAAGGUAAAACCAAACAAAACAAACAGAGACUAUAGACAGCAACAAAUAAGAGAACAUAAAUAUGAAACAAAUUCAAGAAGCAAUAAGAAAGAAGCCUCCUCGUAUCGAAUCGAAGAAUUAAAACACCAACAGCAAACAGUAAACAACAUAGAAUAAUACAACAAAAGCAAACAAACAUAAGUAAAUAAAAAGUAAACAAACAAAAUGCAAGUCAACCUAGUAUACUCAACUGCAAUAAAAUGAUAAUUUAACUAUA